GAGAUCAGAGGAGGGCGUCGUUUCUUCAGCUGAAGGGUGCUUGUGCGCACAGAAGGUCGACUUUAGGAGCUGGUGCCACAAUUGGAAAGAUUUCGGUCAUUGUGACAUCAGUGGCAGAGAACACUUUACAGUCUUGCACCAUACAUAUCUUACAUCUUUGCAACUUCUGUUUUCUCAAAAUUUCCUUUCCCGUCUCUUGUUCGCUUUCAGUUUGCCCACGCAAGCACUACGCCUCAGUACUCUGAAAGCCAGCCCUAGGUCACAGCAUUGGCAUUCCUGACAUGCUGGCACUAUCUUUUCACAGCGUCCGUGUGAGCGCCCACAGCAUUGCUGCCCUUUGCUGCAAGCCCCUGCAUGCAACAGGACACCAAACACUUGUUGAUUUGCAGAGAUUUGCCCUGCCGAUCAGACAAAAGUUUCUACCUAACCAGCUCACCUAUCGUACAUUUCACAAGAGUGAGAUCAGGAUGGUCGAGGGACCAGGAGUUCAUAGAGUGGCGAUCGCACACAAGAAAGCACUGCUAGGGAAGAAAUUUGAAGCGUCCUCACCGAAUGGCCGAUUUGCGGAGGGGGCCGCUGCCAUCACGGGUCGGAAUCUUGCGCGCAUUGAAGCGCACGGGAAGAACCUGUUUUACUUCUUCACUGCUGACGGCCAGGAGCCUGUGGUGGUGCACAUUCACUUUGGAAUGUCGGGCAGGUUCUCAGCGCACAAGCUGCCAAGCCCUGAGCCCAGGGAGACCACCCGCCUCCAGCUGGUGAACCGCGAGGCUAAAAUUGGAGCGCACCUGAGCGCCAUGUUUUGCAACUACGGCCCCCCGGAGUUCUACGACCAGAAGCUGGCGCUGCUGGGGCCAGACCCCCUGAGAGACGACGCCGAUAAGGAGGUGGUGUGGAAGAAGAUGCAGGCCAGCAAGUCACCAAUUGGGACUUUCGUCAUGGAUCAGAGCAAGAUUGCAGGGAUUGGAAACAUCUACCGAGCAGAAAUCCUCUUUUUGGCGGGGAUCCACCCGGAGCAGCCUUCAAAGACUGUUUCCCGGGAUGCCUUUGAGCGGAUGUGGGAAGAGUCCGUCCGGCUUCUGCAUAUCGGCGUGCAGACCGGAAGAAUUGUCACCAUGGAUCCUGUCGAGCUGGGCAAGCCCGGAACCCCCAUGGCCGCUUUGAGGGGCGGCGACCGCCGGUAUGUGUACAACCACGCCAGCUGUCGCCGUUGCGGAAGCCAGAUCCGGAGUUGGGUGGUCGCCACAAGGACUCUGUACGCCUGCGAGACGUGCCAACCUCUGUUGCUCGAAGUCGAGACCGAGACCGUCACAAUAAAGGGGCAGACCGCCAAGCGCACGCGGAAAAAGACGACAGUGGUCGACGACGAAGAUGUACCGCUGAGCGAGCUGGGGGCCGGCGGAAAGAAGCGGAAAGCGAGAAGUGUGGCUGGGUCGGGGCAGCGGCCCCGCCGGGGCGACGGCACCGCGCAGGAGCACUUCGCCCUUCCGGACAAGGACAUCACCACCGGGGGCCUGCCGGACACGGAUGCUUAUGCGGGCGAGCUGCGGACGCUUCCAGUGAUAACCGAGGUGGAAACCCUCGAGGUCAAGGCGGAAGCUUUGGAAGAGCCGCGUGUUGCUACAGCGAAAGCGCCACGUGUCAGGGCGACGAAAGGGACACCUGUCACGCGGCGGAAGAAUGGGCGGAUGGGGGUGGGCGACGGGAGCUCGUCGUGCGAUCCAAAGGACCCGCCGGAAAAGAAGCUAGAGGAGAACGGAAAGCGCGCGUUGCCGCCAUUGAAACCGGUUCGGAGGAAAGGGGCAAAGAGUAGUCCGGAAACGCCAGCGGAGGGAUUGGCCGUGAGCGAAGUGGUGGAGACGGAGGUGCAGACUGCCGGGGCAAGGAAACGAAGCAGGGUGCAGUCGACGGGGCGGGUUUUAAGUGUUGGUUCCAAGGCCGGAGCAGAGAGCGUUGGUGUAAUCAGGAGAGAAGGCCUGCGCGCGAGGAAAAAGCUGGUCUUGUAGGAGCGAGAGCUCGGUCAUCUUGCAGACUGCGUGGGAUGCCUCUCCAUCAUGAAGACUUGCAUGAUGGCCGCAAGCAAGGUUUGUUUAAUGGAAGGCCUGAAGUAAUUGGUAUUACGUUGGACUGCUGCGAUUGCUAGAGCCCGAGUGCCUGCGCGUUCCCCCUGAAUUAAGUUCUCCUACCAUGGUCU